CUUGACGGCAUUGUUUGUUAGACCAGACUUGUAAUAUGGAGUUUGAACCCAAGAUCCGUACGGCCUCUACGGGCGACAAGACGUCAUUUGCCUACGAGACCGCCAGGAAGCGGUGGCCCAUCAUCAUCACCCAAGCCAUUGACGAUGUCUACCGUACCACCGGCCAAACCGACGACGCUGAGAAGCGCGAGGAGGGCAAGAAGAUUAUCAACGACCUUGCCACGCUCAAAUACGAAGUCCAGCACGACCGCGCCCUGACGCCCAUUCCCGACGAUGGCGUCUCCGACGUGGCCACCUACAACCAGAUCCUCGAGUCCCUCGACAAGCCCACCUGGCUGAACGUCUCCUGGCUAUUCAGCGAGUGCUACCUCUACCGCCGCAUCAGCACCUCCUUCGCCCUCUCCACUCACUGGAAGAACUACGACAUCUUCGCCCGCCAAAAGAUCAAGACCUUCCGCUCCUCCCGCCCCGCUGUCCUCGAGCUUGCCGCCCGCUACAAGGACCUCAUCACCCAACUCCGCUCCCACACCGGCGAGACAUCGGAAGAAGCCGACAAGUUGCUCUUCACCGAGAUGUGCGAGAUCUGCCUCUGGGGCAACGCCACCGAUCUCUCGCUCCUGACCUCCCUCUCAUACGAAGACAUCCAGAAGUUGCAAGGGUCCGAGGCGCGCAAGAAGAGCGAGGCCAACAUCCUUGUGAAUGAUCUGGAGGAGGUGUACAAGCAGUUGGUGGAGGCGAAGAAGGCCGGCAAGACGGAGAGGGUGGUGGAUAUCGUUCUCGACAAUGCCGGGUUUGAGUUGUAUGUGGACUUGAUUCUUGCUGGAUACCUCUUGACGGCGGGGCUGGCGACCAGGGUGACGCUGCAUGCCAAGUCGAUUCCUUGGUUCGUCUCGGACGUCUUGCCGGGGGAUUUUGGCGCGCUAUUGAACGCUCUGGCGGCACCCGUGCCUUUCUUCGAGACGGCUACCGAGGAGGAGGAGUUGCAGGGCAAGACUCCCGAGAAGCUUUCCGACAAGGAGAAGGAGGAACUGUCGUUCUUGUUCCAGGAGUGGUCCAUCCUCCACGCCGAAGGAAAACUCGGCCUCCGUGCUAACCGCUUCUGGACGGGCCCUGGCUCCUUCUGGCGCCUCGUUGAUCCCAACGCCGACGAACAGACCAAGGAGCUGGCCGAGGACUUGCGCAGGAGCGAGCUGGUUGUGUUCAAGGGCGAUUUGAACUACCGCAAGUUGGUCGGUGAUGCCGAGUGCGAUCCUACCACGCCGUUUACGGAAGCUAUUGGACCACUUGGGCCGGGGUCGGGGAUCAAUGUCCUGGCAUUGAGGACGUGCAAGGCGGAUGUUGUCGUGGGAUUGCCCAAGGGAAUGGAUGAGGAGUUGAGGGCACGGGAGGGCGGAGGCGGGGAUUCGGGAGCGAGAAAGUGGGCGUGGAAUGGCAAGUAUGCCGUUGUGUCGUUUUCCAAGGGGGCGUAGAAAGGCAAGAGGGCCAAGUCCUCCGAGCUUUAGUUGUUCCUUUUUUGGUUUAUUUUCUUUUCUUUUUGUUCGUCCUUUCCUUAAUCGUCUGGGUGACUGCUUACACUACUAUAGAUCUGCAUAAAAGAGUGUUAAUAGAUGGUUCUUGGAUCU